UUCAUCUGCACUGCACAUGACACUGAAUUGUCAAAAACAUGUUAUUGAUUUUAUCUAUUAACAGUUUUAUAAGUUGGUGAGUUAACAUAAGUUUUAGCUUGGAUUUUAUUGGCUUCAAGAAAAGCAGCAGCUUACCCACAACCAUGAGGGCGUUAGUCCAGCGUGUUCUGCACGCUCAGGUUACCGUAAAUGAUGAAGUUAUCAGCAGCAUCGAGCAAGGCCUAUGCAUAUUUAUUGGUAUUUCUGUACAUGAUACCCAUAGGGAUAUGGACCGCAUAGUACGCAAGAUACUAGGCGCCAAGGUGUUUGACGACGAACGUCACAGGAAGUGGAAGAAGAAUGUGGUGGAGAAGAGGCUGGAGAUACUGUGCGUCAGCCAGUUCACCCUGUACAAUACCUGGAAGGGAAACAAGCCGGAUUUCCACAAUGCCAUGUCUGGCGAGGAGGCUAGGGGAUUCUACGAGCAGUUCCUUACUCAACUGAAAUUGCAAUACAGGCCUGAGAAAAUAAAAGACGGCCAAUUCGGGGCGUACAUGCAAGUUUCGCUUACAAACGACGGGCCGGUCACCUUCGAAAUUGAAACUAAGCCGCCGCGGCCUCAGCCUGAACACGGUACGCCUGAAAUGGCGAGGGUUAUACCCGUUUGCCCAGUAGUCCACACAUUCCACACUUUAUACGACCCAUAUAAUGCGACUGAGGAGGAGUUUGGUGUGUGUGAGUUGACUGAGACACGCAGGGAGUCCAGCUCAAAGGACAGCGACUUAGAUCGCCUCCGACGCGGUACUACUGAGCCGCUUCCGCCACCAGAUCCCGCUAAGAAUUCUCGUCAGGCUGCUGGCAUCCGUGCAGCCAGGGAGGCGUUCCUACGCACACAGGCCGCUCAAGAAGCCUUGCAGCAAAAACGCAUGCAGGCUGAGCUUAACGCCGCUAUGGAGGCUUGUGCACUUAGUACAAACGACGCUAAGAAGGUUCCGGUAAGCGGUGCCUCUGCCAGCGAUGGCGCCAAGCCAGACGACAAAGGUGAUACUCAGGAGGAACAGGCACAGGGCGGCUCCUCUGAGACAGCUGCCGAUACCAAGCCGCGCAACAACGAUGCCAAGGAAACACCGGCGGCGUCGCAGGACGGUGUCAACGAGAAGAUGGAAGAGGAAACUAGGGUUUAAAUAUUUACUCAAAUGAUAUACUUAAUCUAUGUGUUGUCUAUCAAUGUAAUGUAGCCGACUCAGGCAGGCCUCGAGGUAAUAUAUUGUCGUAACGACUCUGCUAUUAAUGUUGUAA